UCUCACUAUAAGGAAAAAAGUGCUGUGCCAGAAGAAGAGGCUCAGAUCCACAGGAUCCGUAUCACUCUCACCAGCCGGAAUGUGAAAAGUUUGGAAAAGGGUCAGUGCUAGUGUUAACUCUUUCUUGUAGUGUAUUGGGGGAGGGAAGGUGGCUUUGGUAUUUUCUGGUAUUCUAGUCAACAUUUUUGAAAACCUCUUGGGAAGGGGGUUUAUGAAGAUUUUACUAAGAGUCAAAAUACUGGUCAUUACUUUUUUUUUUAACUGUGGCCCUUUUUAUUAUAAAAUGUAUAUAGUAUGCAUUUCAAUUUUUGGUGAAAAUCCAAUGAUGUUCAAAACUGAAACUAAUGUAGCCUUUCACAUAUAAGUGUUGGAACAAACUAGGGCUUACAAAAGUAUUCGUGGUACCCAACUAUCAUUUGUUUCAGAAGCCUUUUUAAAAUUUCUCUUGUUCUAUCCAUCACCACACUUCUCAUCUGCUAAUUUUGGGGAAAGUAAAAAGAACAUAUCAGACAUAAACAGUGAGAUCCAUCUUAACUCCUCCUAGUUAACCUUCUAUUACCAGCCACACACAAGUUGUCACUAUUUUGCUUGUUAGCUUCUUUUCUAAACCUUCUCUUCUAUUCCUAAGUGUGUGCUGAUCUGAUCCGUGGAGCUAAGGACAAGAAGCUUAGAGUUAAGGGUCCAGUCCGAAUGCCAACAAAAUACCUGAAGAUUACCACACGUAAGACUCCCUGUGGAGAGGGCUCCAAGACUUGGGACAGGUUCGAAAUGAGGAUCCAUAAGCGUCUGAUUGAUCUUCACAGUCCAUCGGAGAUUGUCAAGCAAAUUGUAUCCUUUGCUUUUAUCUUUGAAGAUGUGGUUGAUACAAUUUUCGUUUUGUUUGUUGGAUUAUUAGUUUAAAAAAAUGGCUUUGAUAAUCUUUUUUACUGUGUAAGGGCUGGUUUAUACAUAAAAUGCAGCCACAGCAGAUGUAUCACAGUCAAACUGUGAUUAUCUGGAACUGGAUUAUCCUGAGUUUUGGAUUAUUUGGACUUUUCUUUUCUGGUACCAUUAUCUACAUUAUUAAUAUUCAUACUUUUGAUUAUUUGAAGUCUUGAUUAUCCAGACUGUGAAGCCCAGUCCCUUGAGUCCAAAUAUUUGAGGUUCAACCAUAUUGUGCUAGUGGUUAGUUUGGGCAUAUCUACCUAUCCUUGGGUUGUAUGCAUUUUGGAAAUACAGCUAUCUGUUUGUGUGUCUUUGUCUUCACUAACCACCUUGAGUGUUACAUGUGAAUUAUUAACUGAUGGUACUGCUCAGGGGUUUAAUGAAGCUUUUUUCAUAAGCCGCUGCUGUGAGUGUUAUAGCAAAAGCAAACACUAAACAGGAGAGCCUGCUUGAAAGCCAAACAGACAGUGGUAAGAACUUCUGUAUGCAGCACUGGAAUGAUGGUAACUUGCUAUUAAUGGAACUCCUGUUACUACCUUAAGUUUUUGUCAAUAAAAAGUUUGCUCAAGUUUUUAUUUUUUUCCCUUGACCCAUCAUUAUUCAGACAUCCAUUAGUAUUGAGCCUGGUGUUGAGGUUGAAGUGACCAUUGCUGAUGUCUAAAUGGUGUAACAAAUAAAACAACAACCAAUAAAAUGUUGACAAAACUGAAACUUAAUUCUUAAUUUUUUCUUUGAUGCAUGGAGUUUCAUCAAGGAUCUGAGAUCUGCAAGAUCUGGGGGUAUUUUCACUGAAGGGGGUGUGCAGAGUAUAGCCUAAGUUGCCUUUGAUGCAACACUAACUACUUAUGUUUGCAGUGAAAUGCUAUGAAAUGCCAAACAACCUCCAAACUAACCCCUCAAACCCUGACAUCAGUAUGCAUAUUCUCCAUACUGUUCUCUAUACAUUCCCUGUGGUGCUGACAAGGAGAAUUUUUGUUUUCACAUUCUGGCUUCUUUACUUGAUUAUCAUUUCCCAUAUUCUCGUGACAGUCAUGGUUGAUUCAGGGGUGAUACAGUAAGGAGAAAUAAAAUGUUAGUCACUUUUAGGAGUUUAAGUGCUAAGUAGCGUGUACUAACUAAAACACUAUGAGAGGAAGCAAAGUUAACGGCGUUCUUUGAUGAUUGUGAUGGAAACUAAUAAUUUUGCCUCCACUAAUCAACCUGGCACACAAAGAGUUGAUAUCUGGGCACAUUGGCCAGACAAGCCACCAUGUAUUUAAUGCAAAAUCGAUAUGCUUAGACAGGUCUUUUAGGAUUGAAGUGAAUUAAAUACACCAAAGCCGGACACGAAAACCCCUAAAAAUCAGCAGGUGGAAAAAACGGGGAACGUGUACCCCCAACCAGGGCAGUGAAGCCACCCUUGGGGUUUUAGGGUAUCCUAUGAAUGAUAUGUUGUACACAGUCACUUAAGGUACAAAAGAUACGAAAACGAAAACGAACAAUUAAACACGGCGAAGGCUGACCGUAGAAUGCCUUGCCCCACAAACCACGAUCCCAUAACUCUCCACGCUCUGAUAAGUGCCGGCAAAAAUUGAUGUACGCUAAUUAGGAUUGCCACAAAUUUACAAGCAUUAUUAUAGUACAACACGAAAUUAUAGGCUAUCCUUUUAAUGAAUAUCUCAAGCCAGAUAGCGUAUGUCAUUCAGCAAACAAGGGAGGUCUUGAAACUUCAAAUGGAUUUUUUUUUUACUGUUUUCAAGUGACUUGAAAGAGUUGUCAUCAGUAAUGAAAGAAAUACUAUGCGAGAACAGAUUCUGCCUUUGAGUACGGGAAAUGCCUUCCUUGAAUAGACACCGCAUUGGAAAAUUCCUUAAAAACCGCAAAGUUCAUUCGAGAAGAUCCGCUAAUCUUGGUUACCUGUAUUUUUUUGAAAAAGGGAAAAAAACGAAGUUUAGGCAUUGUUACUAUAAGGCGGGAGUAACGAGCUCCUACAUAAAGCCAUGAUAUCUUGAUUUCUCAUUCGUUGCAUAAAUUAGAUGGAAAACUUACCUCUUCUUUGCAAAAUUUAUUUGCACCUUGAAAUGUACACGUUCAAUAACUCUUCAAAUCAAGAGGGGCUCAAAUUUUUAUUUGCAUUAAAACCAUGCCACAUGAACGCAGUGCAAAUUGGCAAUAUCUCUAAGAUCUCGGAAAACAUUUCUGACAACAGGUGAAACACUUAAAAUUCUUUGUUAAUUCUAUUUGAUCGUUUUCUUUUUUACCGACAUUAUUUGACAAGCUGUUGAUUGGAUAAGAAAAGGACCUAAUAAAAGAGUACAAUAACGCUCCAAUAAAGCUUUAUUGUAACUUCGAGGAAAUUAAUUUUAUCUUCGUUUAAUCCCAGUGGGUGAACCGGAAGUUUGGUCGAAUUUGUAUCAUUUGAACUCAGGUUCCGCGCACACUCACUUAUAUCAUGGCACAAUUUUUUUCGAAAAGCGAGUAGUGUGAAAUGUAUGCAACUUUUACGCAAGCUAACCGACGAGGCAUCAGUGAUCGCCACGUUAGUUUUUCCCUCCUGACGCAAAGUUUAGAAUCUACUCGUGAAAACGGAAAUACAGUCAGCACUUUUGCCGUGGUAGGGUAUGUCACAUGACUUUUUUUCACCCAAUAGGAUUUAGCCGCGUCCAGGCCGCGUGGAUGUUCAACCGAAGCACAUGAGUCUUGAACAAAAUGCGGUGAAAUCCUCACGACAGUUUUGAAGCUUUAGAGAAAAUUCUCAUCAGAAUGCACCACAUUUAAACUUUGAACUGGAAAAAAAACACUCGCAGUUUCAAGUUUUUAUUCUAAAGGGAAAGAAAUAGCUGAAUUCGCAUAGUAUCCUCGUUGAACAAAAUGGAACUAGCGCACACAUUACCGGCGUCGGAAGUCUUAGAUCACUUUUCUGUUGACGAAACGAAGGGUCUGAGCUUAGAGGAGUUAUCUAGUGCGCAGAAAAAAUAUGGACCAAACGGUAAGAAAUAUUUUGUUCAGCUGUAACAAUUUAACCACUUUUGCUGCACCUUUGAUGAUAUUUAUCCAGAUAUAUGAUAGCUUUUGUAUGAUUUAUAUUCUAUCAUGCACUACCAUCUGAGGGCUAUAUGUUGUAAUCUUUGGUUAAUUUUGAACAUCAGUGAGUGGGUUCUAAUGUAUAUUUUUAUUGUUUCUUUUUUGGUUCAAUACGACAGAACUCCCAGCCGAAGAAGGUAAGAAUGCUUUUUGAACACACGGUCGUGAUCAUUUGUCCCUUUGCUUUGAGUUUGGGGUCGCUUUUGCGUUUGCGUUACGAGAUCAGCUGUUCUCAACACAUGGUGCUUUUAAUUCUUAGGCAAGCCCUUAUGGAAGCUGGUAUUAGAACAGUUCGAUGAUUUACUCGUAAAAAUUCUUCUUGGAGCCGCAGUGAUUUCUUUUGUAAGUUUAUUUGCUCGGUACAAACACUCAUGUGCUUGUUACAAUAAUUUGAUGAGCUUCACAUCAUAGUUCACGUUAAUUUUGUUUUUUCGUUUUCCAGACUUUGGCUUUAUUCGAAGAAGGAGAGGACAGAACUACAGCAUUUGUAGAACCAUUUGUUAUCCUUGUUAUUUUGAUUUUAAACGCAAUUAUAGGAGUAUGGCAAGUAAGUAUAGAUUCUAAAUUCUUGCUUUCGACAUCUCGGUGGGAAACCAUUUUACAUGUAUGCAACUGACAAAAAAUUGAUGGCGGUGAUUUUUUUUUUUUCAGGAAAGAAACGCCGAAAGCGCAAUCGAAGCCUUAAAAGAGUAUGAACCUGAAGUAGCCAAAGUUUUAAGGCAAAACAAACCAGGAAUUCAAAGAAUAAAAGCUCGGGAUUUGGUUCCGGGAGACAUAGUAGAGGUUGCAGGUGAGUUAAAACCAGGGGGGAUUAUGGAAGUCUCAAGUUAUUUUACGCUCGCUUGGAGAUAACCGUGACUUCCAGCAGAAAAAUUGAAUGAGGGGUUACCUUUAUAAAUGUUUACGUCCACUCCCAAGAAAAUCGGAUUGUAAUUUCUCGCCCUUAGCAAACAGUAGUUAAAUUGGCUUGAAAUAAGAAGGGAAAUGUCUAGUUUCGACUUGUUUGCAUUCUCAUCUCCAAACAGUAAGGCAACGUAAUCAAAAAACUACCAAAGUUUUAAAUCCAGGAAAAAAUUAGUCGCUAAAUGGAUAUUGUAUUCUUGUGUUGUGAUUCUUGAAGCAUAAGAUUCCUAAAAGCCUUUUAUCGUUGAGUGGGAUCAUGCAUUUUGUAACAACAUGCAAAAUUAAUGUAGUUUUAUUCUGGGUUUAAGAGUUAAAAAUAUCCUUUAUUGUAUGCAGUUCAGGGACUAGGAAAUUUUCAGGAAAUUGUGGAAAUGUGGGCAGUUAAUGGCAAUUUUGAAAGCUGAAAUUGUCGUGGUUGUUUUGUGCUUGGUGACUGUGGAUUUCAAAGCGAUUGGUUUUGCAAUCUAGCUCUGUUUGACAACAAAAUUCCUUGGUUGACAAAUUCUGUUUGAAGUAUUUAAAAGAGAGUCUGCUGUCAUUAUUGAUUAAUGCUUUGAUUUGAAAUCAUAAGGAAUAGUUUGGAAGCUGUCUCCCUUUUAGACUGUUUUUUAAAGAUCUUAUUAAUUUUCUGCAUAGAGGGUUUUAUUAUGUGUGAAAAAGCAAUUAAAGUUGUGCAUUACUAGAUUUCAACUUGUUUCCUUUUUUUUCUGCUGAAUGAAAAGUGCUGGUUUUAAGCACUAGGAAAGCUCUGAAAAGGUCUCUUUCUAGUUUCACUGUCAACCAAGAAAAAUCACUAAUGUUUCUUUUUAUUAUAUGAUACAUGUAAAAAUCUCACCAGGAUUUAACAAGCUCUUUGUAAGCAGAAGUCUCUGGAGGCCCUUGUCUUGUUUAGUAGUGAAUUUUCAUUCAGCUAAUGAAGCAAACCACUAGUUUUUCCAAGCCAGCUAUACUAGAAAGUUAACGAACACAUUGACAAAAGUCUUAUUUUUCAAAUUUCUGGUCUUACAGGGAAAUCCAUUAUGGUUUUUGUUGAUCAUCUGUAGGAAGUUCUUUGUGGUAAUUUAAAUUUUUCAUGAAUGCCUAAAAUAUGCUGGGCAGUUAUCAUUUUAGAACACCCUCAAGGAGUCUGUGGGACUGUCUUUAAAUGUUAAGGAUCAAAAUAUCACACCAGUGAAUUGAUGAUUCAUUAGUGUUUGUCAUGUUUGAACAAUGUUUUGAGCCAGCUGGGUUUUAUGCAUGUGUGCCUCUGUUAGUUUGGGCCUCAAAUUUUCAUUUAAGAAAAAAAACAAAAAACACAGGAACUAUAGCCUUUGUUGUUCGAUUGGAUAUGGUCUAAUUGGUUAAUAAGAAGCUAGUUUUGGUCGAAGAAGGGUACUUGAUGUUGCAUUUAAGCCAGUAAAUGUAUAUGACUCAAUUAACAGCUCUCAGGCUCAGAAAACAUUCUAAGUCCUGCUUGCUCCUUUGAAUGGGAUCAGAAUCUUCUAUCCUGAGCUCUGUUUAUCAUGAUAUAUUUAUGGAAAAACUAGUACUUUCUAUUGAAGAUUUUUUGUCCUUUUAUACAAUGCACAAAGGCAAGAUUUUCCUUGGAGAUGGAAUGUGAGGAAGUAGGAAAUUAACCCUUUUUUUAAUCACUUUUUUCAUGAUGUUAUCCUAUGAAAUGAUGCUCAUAGUAGAAUGAUCAGACACCAUUUUUUACAUCCAACCUAAUUUAAGAAGUUUUGUGGAAACUGUGCUGGAUAAUUUUUCAUUUUUGGGGGGAAGUGCUUUUUGUCUUUGAAAUCUUUCUUCUGUCAGAUUUAUUUUUUUCCAAAAAAUAAUAAUCUAAGGGCAUGUAAAUGAUGUUGGAUCAUUUUUAAAGUAUACUACAUAAGCUUUUGAAACAUCAAAAGAAAACUUGAAGCAAGGUUGUAAAUGAACAUAUAUGAUAAAACUGUUACAAAGAUUAUUAGUAUUAUAAGAUCAUUUUACUACAAUCAGCUGAAAGUUGGAUUAGUUGUUUUUCAUAUUGCCAUAUGCUUCAGGAUACAUCAAGGGGUUUCACUGCUGUGUAUGUUUUUAACUUGUUGAAACUUUUGUGUAUUAAUAGAGAUGUUUGUAUCAUGACUUAUUUUGAGUUCAAUCUUUUUGUACCAGUUGGCGACAAAGUUCCUGCUGAUAUAAGGAUAACUACAAUAAAAUCUACAACACUAAGAGUAGAUCAAUCAAUUCUUACAGGUAAUGUCUUUGAAAAAGUUGUUGAUGAUUUGAUGCUAAUUCUGGGUGAGGGGGUAUUAUUCUUCAGUGGAAGUUCAACAUUGAAGUUAGAAAUGGACAAUUAUAGACCUGAUUAUGUUUUUUCUUUGCCACAUCUCCUUUAAAAGUUGAAUGGCUUUGGCAGGUUAAAAGGCAAUUUAAGAUAAUCUAGAUGCAAAUCAAAGUGUAUCUAGGCAGUUCAAGGGGUGAAAUCUAAGCACCUUCAUGGUAUGAUUUUUACACUUAACCCUUUAACUCACAAGAUCUGAUUGUUAAUUCUGCCCUCUAACUGGUACACAUUUCCUUUUAAAUAAGUUCUGAGAGUUUGGUGUUAGAUCAAGGUAACAACUUUCUUAUAAGUCUCAGUAUUUUCAUUACCUGUUGGCUGGAUAAUGUACAGAUAUAUGGGGAGAAGUUACAAGUAAAUCACUUCUGAGAGUUACAGGGUUAAGUCAUAGAUUAAUUUCACAUACAUGUGAAAGGCAUUUGAAUAGCAUUUGGAAAGCUUAUGAAAAAUAUUAUCCCUUUCUUACAGUGUUUUUACAUGGUUUUGAAUUAGUUAAAAUUUUUAAUAAUUGGUCAUGGUUGUUUUGUUCAUAUGUGUGAGUGACUCCUCAAUAUUUUUCUCAUCAGGUGAAAGUAUUAGUGUGAUAAAACACACAGAUCCCAUUCCUGAUCCAAAAGCUGUUAAUCAAGACAAGACAAAUAUGUUGUUUUCAGUAAGCACAUUUUUACCUCUUACUACUGAGUUAGAGAUCCGUACAGUAAGUUAUGGAUCAGGAAGUUUUUUCUACUUGGAUUUUUGGCAUGAAGCCAUAAAUCCAAGUGGAAAAACAAGUUUCUGUAACUUACAGUAUGGAUGGAGAAAAUUAGGUUUGUAAGUUAUUACUUAAGUCUCUGGGUUUAAAUUAAGGGGGAAGAUUCAAUUCAAACAAACUUUUAAAUUUAGUGGUACUGCAAAGUGAAAUAAAACCCACUAAAUUGAUCAAGCAUAGUGCACAUAUUAACAGAGAGAUAAAAUAAUCUAAGUAACAACCCUUAUGCAUGGAAAAAAUCAGGUAAAACUCUUGCUCUUGCUCUUGCCCUUGCACACAAGUAGAUGUAAGGCAUGCAAUUAAUGGUACCCUUUCACCUUUCAGCAUAUUGUGGUUAGUUAUCUUCUACAACUUUGUUCCACUAUUUCAGUAUUUUAGAGAGGUCCCAUAAAAUUAAGCAAUAGACUAUGUACACUUUUUAUCAGUUUACCUGUGUAAUAAUCAAUGCAGGAUGUAGGACAAAUGCUCAAAAAUUUUGUUUAUCACUGGCCUCCUGUUCAUGAAACUUUUUAAAUGUUUUUCCAACAUCCCAUGUGGGUUAUAACACAGGUUAACUGAUAGAAAGUGCAAUUUGUUGGUUUAUAUAAAUUAGUAUUCAAUUAUCUAUGGGUUUAUCAUUGAAAUAAAGUAUAGGGUUUUGACCAAUCAGGUUGCUCAUAGUAUCAUAAAUAUAGUAUAAUUUAUUUUGUGUUAUGUAAAGUCAAGUAAACCUUUAACUUGUAUGACUUAUUACCUGGAUGUUAUUUUGUUUAGGGUACAAACAUUGCUGCUGGAAAAGCAUCAGGCGUAGUCAUUGGAACAGGGCUGAACACGCAAAUAGGUAAAUACUUCAUACUUAUGCUAAAUGUUGAGAAGUGUUUUACUUUUACUAACAAAUGACAUUGUUUUUCUUUAAUUUUUAGGCAAGAUCAGAGAUGAAAUGGUUGAUACAGAUGAAGAGAGAACUCCACUUCAACAGAAACUUGAUGAAUUUGCUCAACAGUUAUCCAAGGUAUGAUGUCCAUGACUGUUUUUCCAUCUCUUAAAUUUUUUAGGUUAGAUUAAAGUAAACCUUUUAAAAAUUUCUUAUUUUCAACACUGAAUUUCAAUAGUUCCAGAAGUGGACCAAGCAGUUGAUUAUCUCAUAACACCAGUGUUUUCUCCUUUUCUCUCCCAUCCAUUUAAGGUAAUCACAGUUAUUUGUAUUGCAGUAUGGGCCAUUAAUAUUGGCCACUUCAAUGAUCCAGUCCAUGGGGGAUCCUGGCUAAAAGUGAGUAGUCUUUUGAAAUACAAUUUGGAGUCAGAGGGGUGUAGUUAUUAGUAGGGUUUGCAAAUGUACAUUGUUCACAUUUUCAGGCUGUAACUAGUAAAAUUUACUGCCUGUAAUACCUCUUAUUGCUGCCUAAAAUUGCUUGGAAUUCUAGAAAAUUCAACAAGAAAAAGGAUUGCUCUACUGGUUUUGAAAAUUUCUUUUACUUAUUCAACUUAAAAUAAGGGAGGACAUUGCAUGUAUGCGCAGUACUUUAGGGAUUAAAAAUUGCAGAGUGUUUGUACCUUGGGGAGAUGAAUUAUAUUUUAUGCUAGUAUUUGCAACUUUUUCUCAGCAAUUUGAUUAUCUAAACUGUCCUUCAAAUUGAGUCAUAAGCUGCAUUUUGGUUAUAAGGCUAAGAUGUUUCAUCUGAUGUAUUGCAUAUUGUAGAUUAAGUUUUUUGCCUUUAUAUAAAUUCUUUUAGUUUGAUUGAUAACUUGAUGAACUGUGAUGAAAGAUAGUACACUGUAAUUGCUGACCAACUUGUAUCUAUAUUUUUGUUGUUUUUGUUUUAUUAGGGAGCCAUAUAUUACUUCAAGAUUGCAGUUGCCUUAGCUGUUGCAGCAAUCCCAGAGGGGCUUCCAGCUGUUAUAACCACUUGCUUAGCCCUUGGUGAGGACAUUUAUAUAAGAUUACUGAUAUUGUCCUUUCUGUCUCUAGUACCAUUCUUAAAAUGUUGGUUUGGAGAAUUUGGUUUUGGAUCAACUAAUAAUCCCCCUAUUGAUAUUUUUCUUUAUUCUCAUCACUUGUCCACUUGAUAUUGUAUUUCUAUUGUAAGGAGAUGUUCUGUCUUUGUCACUCAUCAGAGUUAAAGGGUUCAGCAACUUUUAAUAUAAUGUAGUGGGCAACCUUGAAUUUUGAAUAGAAAUAAUUCAACAUGCACAGCAGUAAAUUCAUGUCUUGUGGUUGUAAUGUUACAUUCUAUUUGGUUCAGGUACACACAGAAUGGCCAAGAAAAAUGCCAUAGUUCGUAGUCUUCCCUCUGUUGAAACACUUGGCUGUACAUCAGUCAUUUGUUCAGACAAAACAGGAACACUGACCACAAAUCAAAUGUCUGUCCACAAGGUAAUGAAAAAAGUAAUUUUUUUAUUGGCUAUGGUGAUAAAUGGAGACUGUUUCUUUUUGUGAAUUGGCAUGAAUUGGAGCUGAACUGUUCAUUAUGAUGAAUUAUUCUUUGUGUGAAUCUAUGAAUCUUUUGUUUUUGAUGCAGCUUACAAUGUUUUUUUUUUGUUUAGUUUUUUGUUUUGAGUGACGUAAGGAGGGAUCAUGCAACAUUCCAUGAAUUUGAAGUUGAAGGAACUACCUAUACACCCAGUGGAGAUAUGUAAGUUUUUUCCUUUUUGUUGUUAGGUGCAUGUACCUUUGGGUCAUUGUAAGGAAGUCGAGCAGCUUAGACCUUUUAUUCUAACUCAACCAUAGUUUUCAGCAGCCAAGAAACAAAAGAGGUAUAGCAUCAGAACAUGUCUUUCAACAUCUUUUAGAAAGGUUUCAUCCGCAGUCGUUCAGCAUGCAACAGUACUUGACAUUUCAAGUUAACCUGACAACAUCUAGUAUAUAAUUUCUCCUUACAAUACCACCCCUAAUUCACUCAUCAAAGGUCAUGAGAAUAAAGGAAAUGAUCACUUGAUUUGCCUUGUCAGUGCCUUAGGAAAUUUGUAGAGAAACAGUAUGGAGAAUGUGCACACUGUUGUAAGUGCAAAGGGUUAAUCAAAAGCAAAGUGGUUGUAGUGUAAUUUUAUUAUGUUGUAAUAAUUUAAUAUGCUAUAUCAAUGUUCAGGGCUUGAACAUACUUAAUUUAUUUCUUAACUCAUUUUUCCAGAACUCUGAAUGGAAAGAAAGUAGAUCCUCAAAACUAUGAAGUACUUCCAGAGUUUGCCACUAUUUGUGCCAUGUGCAAUGAUUCCAGUGUAGAUUACAAUUCAGUAAGUGCAUGACAAUUUCAGCAAGGUUUUUAUUAUAAUUUUACUCUUUGGACCCUUUAUAGUGACUAGCUCCUGGUUUCUCCUCAUUAUAUCAACUCAAAAUCACUCAUUAAGGUCACAAGAAUAUUGGAAAUAUUCACCAACUAAAGAAGCUCUUGAUUGUUCAACAAAUUCUCCUUGUCAGCACCUUAGGAAAUGUAUAGAGAACGGUAUGAAGAGGAUGCAUACUGAUGCUAGGGUGUAGAGGAUUAAAGCAACACUGGAAAUGAUGUUAUUCCGUGUUUCACCUGAGAUCAUCUCAUUGAUUACAACUUUUUAUCAACUGAUCCAGUGCUUCCUAAUUUCAAACUUUUUUCAAUCACCAGUAAAACCAACUCAAAGGAUAGCCUUAAACCUCUGUGCUGUCACCCAAUUAUCUUAUUACAUGUUUAUUAAACAGUAACUCAACUUGUUUUAUUAUUUGUUCUUAGGUGAAAAAUGCCUAUGAGAAAGUUGGCGAAUCUACAGAAACUGCUUUAACAGUUUUAGUGGAGAAACUCAAUGUGUUUGGUACAAAUCUGGCUGGAAAAUCCAAAGCUGAACUGGCUAAUGCCUGUAAUGAUGUGAUCAAGUCUCAUUUUAAUAAGGUAAUACAGUCCUCGAUUGCUUGUGGAAGACCUGAAUUAAGUCAACAGUUAAGUUUCCUUUGUCAUGUUCAAGACUACACUGGAUAUACAGGAAGCUUCCAGUUGUAAUGAAUUGAGUUUUAUACUGAUAGUGGCCUCUGUUUCCACCUUGAAAACUGACAUUAAAAUUGAUGACGAACUCGUUUAUAGUCAUUACAUGGCUGCCUGCUGCAAAUUUUUUGAACUGAGUGUUAGGAUCUUGGAAAUUAAAGUCUACAGAAGUUUGAAUUGUUGAUUACUUUUGCAGGAAUUUACCUUGGAAUUCUCUCGCGACAGAAAGUCAAUGAGUGUGUAUUGCACUCCAAGAGUUGAUGGACCAAACUCUGUACAUGAUAAGAACCCAAAGAUGUUUGUCAAGGUAAAAACAAAUUAAACCCUGCUCGAUUUUGUCAGUUUGCUUCACAUUUCCCUAGAUAUUAAGGUUAACUUUGUCAUGUUUUAUUUCUAAAAUAGGGAGCACCUGAAAGCAUAAUUGACAGAUGCAGCUUCAUCAGAGUUGGUGACAAGAAACAACCACUGACACCAAAAACUAAACAGCAAAUUCUGGACUUGGUGAAAAGUUAUGGAACAGGUUAGUUUUAUAAACCAGCAAAGGGAAGGGUUAUCUUGUUAUCUAAGCAAUUCUGUACAUCCAGUGCAGCCUUUACUGGAUUGUCAAAUUCCCCAGAUCCAAAUAUCAUUUCUCUGCACUUCCUUACAUACAUCUCUAUUAAUUUCAGCUUGGUGUGAAAUCAGUCAAUAAUCAUUUACUGAUCUGUUUUCUCUUACUAUCACCUUUUUGCUUGAAAAUGUAGCUAAAGGACUUGCCAUUGAAUCUCUGUUUAUAAAUCUGUGCUUGGACAAAUGUUAGUCAAAACUAGCUCAAUUAUUUAUUGUCACUUUUCAUUGAUAACAUUCCUUCAGGUGUAGACACCCUCCGCUGCCUUGCGCUGGCUACAGUUGAUGAGCCGCUUUCACCCAGCCAAAUGGAACUAGAAAAAGCUGAAAAGUUUGCGGAUUAUGAGGUUAUUUUUUUUAUUGUGAAUCUUGGAAAACCAUGAAUGUGUGAAAUACUCUUAAGUAUGAAUGCAUGAAUCAGCUAAGACAACUAAGUUUGUCUGUUUGUUUGUUUGUUUCACUUACACAUCCCGAUCUCCUAUUUGAUUGAUUGUAGAAUGAAAACAUUUCCUGGACAUAUUUGUAUUUUCCAAGUUUGAUGUAUUACCUCAGUUUGCAUUCAUCUAUUUAUUUAUUUAUCUGAAAGCAAUAUUUGAUUAGGUAGCCCAGUUCAGCUGCAAGCUGGUUUAAAUUGGGGCCUGCAACACAUUGGACAUUGGCAGAGUCAGUGAUGAUUGUGUGAUUCCCCUUCACUUGUCUUAAAUAAGUGAAACACCCACCCACCAUUCUGAAUACUACUGCCAGACUCUGAAAUAGUGGGAUUGCUUCAAUGGAAUUUUGAUGGUUUUGUAUCAUUUAUCACAAACCUUUCUUGUUUUCAGAGCAACAUGACAUUUGUGGGUGUGGCAGGCAUGUUAGAUCCACCAAGAACAGAGGUGAAAGACUCCAUCAAGAAAUGUGGUGCUGCAGGAAUCAGAGUUAUUGUCAUUACUGGUGAUAACAAGGUAUGUAAAGGGUCCAUCAGUUUUGUCUUGUAGAGAGAGUAAAAAUGGUUAUUUAGUAACAGUGCACUGUUUUAUUGUGCAGGCAACUGCAGAAGCUAUCUGUAGACGUAUUGGAGUUUUUGAGCCCAAUGAAGACACAACAGGUAUUACACUGUUUAUCAACAGCUAUGCAUUUUUACUCAUUAAUUCUUUGCAAAUUUAGUUGCAUUGAGAAAAAUAUCUCAUAUUCUUUGCAACAGGCUUGUCUUACUCUGGUCGUGAAUUUGAUGAGCUGACUCCAGAAGAGCAGAGAGAGGCUUGUUUAAAUGCUAGGUGGGUUCCACUCCAAAUACAGCUUGAUGAUAGUGUUUUGUGUACCAUGACAUGUAUAUAAUUAAUCUGUGUAUGUUGUUCAAUUAUGAUUAAUAUUUGUAUAUUCUGUUUUUAGAUUGUUUUCACGAGUUGAACCAGCACAUAAGAGCAAGAUUGUCGAGUACCUCCAGGCGGAAGGUGAAAUUUCUGCCAUGACUGGGGACGGAGUGAAUGAUGCUCCUGCCUUAAAGAAAGCUGAGAUUGGAGUUGCCAUGGGAUCUGGAACUGCUGUGGCUAAAUCUGCAUCUGGUAUCCUUUCAUAUGUUUGUCACCAAACUUCAAAACUUUGAUAGACAUCCACAACAUAUGCACUUUUUUUAAGUAGGGCAAAAUGAUGUAAAAGUCUAUCCAUUCUCAGAGUCCUAAUGGUGGGCUUUGUCAUUAGCAUUUUGCUCUGCAAUUUUCAGAGAGGUUUUCUCUUUGAUUCUUGUCAGACUAAAUGCAAGACUCUGUUUCACUUUACUACAAGGAAGAAUGAGACACUCUGAUUGCUCUGAUUUAAUUUUGAUUUAGUUCUAUCAACUCUUUUUGGCCAUUCUUUGAUCUACUGUCUUUUAUCUUUAAGACGAGCUUAUGACUUGGGUUCCACAGGGUAACCUAUUAAAUAAGAUCUUUUGACAGGGAGCCCACGUCACAAAGUGUGGUUUUCAGUGAGGCCCUGCAUAAAUCUAACGUAAGGAUAACAGAAAAUAUAAAUAUGGUUAUCAAGAAUAGGACAAAAGGGUAUAAUCAAUAGAAGAGACUACAUGUUCUUAACAAGACAUCUAAAAACUGAAAAAUCGGAAAUGUUCCUAAUGCCGUCUGGGAGAGCGUUCCAGUCAUCUACUGCAUGACAAACAAACCGAUGCUGACCCCAUGUACGCUUUGAUUGUGGUUUACAAAUGUUGUUAUUAAAAUGAGUGUUAUAAUCAUGUAUAUCUUUAAAAUGAUUAAAAUUAAAAUUCCAAUCAAUUAGUCCAUUCAAGGACUUAAAACCAAAAAAAUAGACGAUGUGAUCUUCUUUUUUCCAAUGUAUCCCAACCAAGUAGAUCAAGAGCUUCUGUUGCUGAUGAAUGCUUUGGCAUAUCUAAAAUUAAUUUAGCUGCUUUAUUCUUUGGAUCUUGUUCAUCAGAGUGGUGUUGGAUUUAUCCCCCAAGUCACAUCUGCAUAAUCAAGGAUUGGCAGCACCAUGGUUUUUACAAAAAUUUUUGGCAGAAGAUGUUUUAUUCUCUGUAAAACGCCAAGCCUCUGAGACCUUUGACAUGAUCAGUCCAAGACAGUUCAUUGAUAAUUACGCCCAGAUACUUGAACGAAUUGACUCUGUCUAACUCCUUCUCCUUGAUUAUUAAUGUGAAUUCUUCUAAGGUGUUAAGUUUCCUUGGACCGCCAAUGAGCAUGAAUUUAGACUUCGAGAUAUUUAGUGUAAGUUUAUGCUCGUAGAGCCACUGAGCUAGCCUGUCUAGAUCCUGAUCAUCUCGUUCUCACACAAAGACAUUGAUUGAUUACAGUUUUCAAGUGGUCACUCUCACUUGUUUACUUAAAAAUUUAUGAAUUUGUACCCCUUAACCUGAUGUUAGAAAUGGUAUUAGCUGACGACAACUUUUCAACAAUUGUGGCUGCUGUGGAAGAAGGGAGAUCCAUUUAUGAUAACACAAAACAGUUUAUCAGAUAUUUGAUCUCCUCAAAUAUUGGAGAAGUUGUGAGGUUAGUUGUCAUAUUUGCAGUGUUCUUGGUACAUGCAUAUACUUACUACCAAUCAGUAGCAAAGACAGUAAAAAAGAUGCAUGUGUUUCAUGUGACUACAAAUGAAAUAAAAUUUAUUCCAUUGAUGGAAAUCUUUAAGAGCGUGCUAAGUGUUAUUUUGUAUGAUUGAUACUGUUUAUCUGAGCCAUCUAGGACUCAUUUGUAAAGAUUUAAAUAUUUUCUCUUUUGGCACACAUUUUGUUCAUUUACUGUCUUCAUUCAAAAGAUAAUAGCAAAUUUCUAGAAGUUAGUUUGUCAGCUAGAUUUGCAUGAACAAACUUCAUUAUUUAGAAGGAAGAGCUUUAUUCUGAUGAGAUCUUUUUGCAAUCACAAGUGGAAAGCAUACCAAAUAAGGCUCUAUAACUUUGUCUCACCUGGAAGGUUUUUUUUUUUUUUAAGUUGUUAUACUAAUCAGAUUCUUUUUGUAUGUGCAGUAUUUUCUUGACUGCUGCACUGGGUAUGCCAGAAGCCCUCAUCCCGGUUCAGCUUCUGUGGGUAAACCUUAUGACAGAUGGCCCCCCUGCUACAGCCCUCAGCUUCAACCCCCCUGAUGUAGACAUUAUGAUGAAGCCACCCCGCAAGGCUAAGGAGGCUCUCAUCAGCGGCUGGCUAUUCUUUAGAUACAUGGCUAUAGGAGUCUAUGUCGGAGUUGCCACUGUUGGAGCUUCAGCUUGGUGGUUUAUGGUUUAUGAGAAUGGUCCUAAAGUUUCCUAUUAUCAGUUGGUUAGUAGAUGUAUUUAUAUGAUGAUGAUGAGCUGAAUUGCACACACACUUUGAUUGGUUCUUAUGAUCUAUUGGUUCUUACUUAUGAUCUAUUGGAAGACAGACAUAAACGACAUCACUAUUAACAUCUUUUUUUAUUUUUGAUCAUAUAAAACAGAUAAAAUUUAUGUUGCUGUUCAUCUGUUUAGUAAUAGAUCACAGAAGACUUAAAAUGUGAUAAGAACACGCUCAACUGUGCCUUGUGUACCACAUUUUUUUCCUUACCACAUUUUUAUGUAAUCUGUGAUAUAAUAAUGAACAGAUGCACUGCAUAGAAUCUGUUUUAAAUGGAUUUACGCAAAAGUUAGUGACAUCUUAAAUGCAUAUUGAAAGUACCUUUAAAAAUUGACUAUCAUAAUUCAGAUUUAUCAAUUACACCCUAAACAAAUACUAAAGAUGUACAUAGUCCAUACACCAUUUCCUUCGCAGUUAUCAGAGAUCAGAGAAUUCUUUGGCUAAUUUUUAUUUCUAUUUUUUAUGAUUUAUUUUUUUACCUAAAUUGUCUCUGAUUCAGACUUGCAGAAUUGUUUUGUGGUAUGUAAUUUCUUAAAUCUGGUAUCAAAUUCAGUUCAAAACUGCUCUUGACCACUUUUGUCCAUAUUCUUUGCAAGGUCUUGUCAGAGAUAAUUACCAACCUUAGUUUUGGUUUGAACUAAAAAUAUCCUUGGUUUUGUUCUUGUUUAGACACACCACAUGCAGUGCACGACAGAUCCAUCAAACUUUGUUGGUGUUGAGUGUCAGGUGUUUAGUGACCUUCACCCAAUGACCAUGGCCCUGUCAGUACUUGUCACAAUAGAAAUGUUUAAUGCUCUUAAUAGGUAAGUCUACAGUGUGGGUUUCCUGUGGUCACUCGUCAACAUCUGUUUCUCCUUCUAGCCAUAUGAAUACAUUAUUGUGCAGAACAGUUAUGAGAAAUAACCACAUAAGAUGAUGAGAAAUAUCAGUUGCCUGAAAUAACUCCUGCUAUUGUUUGGCAAAUGGAAAUAAAUAUAUUCAGUUGUUUUCUUUUUGUUUUUUGAAUGGUGAAACCUCCCAAAGAAGAUAAUAGUUGCGCUGAAAGAAGUGACCAAAGUUAGGAGAAAUUUUUGUCUUUUGCAUACGUGAAUGACAAUUACUUUCACUUUCUGUUUGCAGCUUGAGUGAAAAUCAGAGCCUUUUUGUAAUGCCACCAUGGAGGAAUCCUUCCCUUAUCACUGCAAUCAUAGCAUCAUUUGUCAUGCAUUUCGUCAUUCUUUACUUCAAGAUUACAAAUGUAAGUGUUUGUGACAUAAAUUUAUUGCAACAGAGAAGACUCCCAUGUACUCCAAUCUAAUCAGUGUUUUUUUUUUCUGCUUUGUGACUCUCAAAUUCAAAGCUCAUGGGAACUACUAAGAUGUGCAUCAACUAGAGAAAGCUGUGAUACGAUCAGCCAGAUCAGUCCUAAUUAUUUGAAUGCAUUGUUCAUUUUGACUAAGAAAAAUGAGAAAGUACUUCUGUUCUAAUGGAGAUCUCUUCCCAGGAAUUUUUUUAAUAUUUCAAAGCUUGCACAUAACUGCAAAUGAUGGUGAUAUCCAAGCAAUAACUUUUUAACAGUGUAUUUUUUCUUAUUGAUUACUUUUUGCAUCCUUAACUGAGUUGUUUUUGUUGCAGACAAUCUUCCGUAUCACUCCUUUGAACUGUGAUGAGUGGGUUGCAGUUCUUUACUUCUCCUUCCCGGUCAUUAUACUGGAUGAGAUUCUCAAGUUUGUUUCAAGACAGCUAGGUAUUUACUCCUUAUUCUACUGUAUGUGGUAG